AUGCGGCUACCUAACCGUUCUCCCCCAAUCUUGCGGAUCGCCAAUGGCAGCUUCUACCGCCGGCACCCCAACGCGCACUCGACACACCCAAACCCGCCACUCUUCAGCGAGCUGAGCUUCGAGUUGCCGUCCUUCGCCGAGACCAAGAAGCACUGGUGCAUCGUCGGGCCUUCGCUCUCCGGAAAGACUACGCUGCUGCAAGUCCUCAGAGGCCAAUACCUUGCGGUUCCGCCGACGGCGCGGGCGUACCCCUACCUCUCGACCGACGAGGUGCCAUCGCGACUGCGAAAUCCGAACAGGGCGAUCCGAUACGUCGGGUUCGAUGGCGAGCAGGGUAGCGCGCUCAGUGGGUCCACGACGAGCGCGUAUCUCGCCGCGCGUUAUGAGUCACGGAGGGAGAACACGGAUUUCUCGUUGAGAGACUUUCUUCUGGGGAACACGGAACUGAACCCGCUGGAUACGCUUCCCGGGGAGGAAAACCUUAUCCCCGGGGAGCUGCUGGACAGGGUCGUUACAGACCUGAGGUUGGAUCAACUUCUCGAUCUACCUGUUGCUUUCUUGAGUAAUGGCCAGGGAAGGAGGGCGCGCAUCGCGAGAGCGCUGUUGACAACGCCCGAGGUUCUGUUGCUGGACGAACCGUUCAUGGGGCUCGAUCCGCCAACUGUGGCGUCAUUAAGUCCACUGCUUCAGUCGUUGGCUGAGAGGCAGAGCCCCCGGCUUGUUCUCAGCGCAAGGCCUCAGGAUCCCUUGCCCGAGUGGAUCACGCACCUCAUCUACCUGCGGAGUGACUGCCAGAUCGGCUCGAUGGGACCCAAGGAUAUCGUGCUGGAAGGACUCAGGAAGUAUGUCAGGGGUGUGUGGAAGGGCGGUUUACAGGAGGAUGAGAAGCUUCCUGUACACUCGCUGUUGGAGAUGGGCAAGACAUUGACUGGCAGUGGCAUUGAAGGCGACGGGCUCUUCGAGUCAAAGGUGAAGGGCCAGCACGCUGCUGAGGCCACAGCUUUGGCGAAUGUCUCGACUUCUGAGGCGUCACGCGGCGAGCCCUUGGUCGAAAUGGAUGGUUGCCAAGUAAAGUACGGAAGCAAGAUCGCCCUGGGCAACUGGUCACAAGAAACACCCUCUGGGCCUAAGGAUGGCCUCAUCUGGACGGUCCGAAGAGGAGAGCGAUGGGGAGUGUUUGGUCCGAACGGGUCGGGCAAGACCACGCUUGUCUCCCUUCUCUGCUCCGACCAUCCUCAGACAUACUCUCUCCCCAUCAAAUUGUUUGGCAGAAGUAGACUGCCCGAGCCUGAAUCAGGCCAACGGCCUCUUACGCUUUGGGAUAUUCAGUCACGAAUUGGGCACUCAAGCCCCGAGGUCCACCAGCACAUGCCCCGCGGCCUGACAGUAAGGCAGGUCCUGGAAAAUGCGUGGGCAGACACGUUUAAGGGGGUCCCCAAGCUCGACGAAGUAGCACGCGGCAAGGUUGAGGCAACCCUGCGAUGGUUCGCUCCAGAGCUGAACCCAGCCCACCAAGAUUCAUCCGCCACCAGGAGCGGCGACGACCUAGCCUGGUCCGACGAAUACCUCUUCGGCGGCCUCUCCUUCAGCGCGCAGCGGAUUGCCUUGCUGCUGCGGGCCGUCAUCAAGAAUGCCGACGUUGUGGUACUCGACGAGGCAUUCAGCGGCAUGGACGACUCUGUCCGGGACAAGUGCAUGCUGUACCUCGCUAAGGGAGAGGAGAAAACUUACAGCGGCGACCGGAUCGUGGACAGCGAGGUCGCUAAGGCGGGCCAGGUGAAAGUAAGUGGACUCACGGAUCAGCAGGCGUUGAUCUGCAUCAGUCACCUCAAAGAGGAGGUUCCAGAUUGCGUGCGCGAGUGGAUUUGCCUGCCUGAGGCCAACGAGGGGCUGCCGGCGCGGUUCGGGCGAUUUGACGGACCGGUGAGGACGGACGAGAAGCGGUGGAGGGCGCUCUGGGGCGUGUAA